AUGGAGAAGGAAACCCCGCUUUUGGUGUUGGUAACGUUAACGUUGGUCAUUUUAUUCACUAGACCCUAUACAGUUUCUGGUCAGUCCAUCACAAUAACAGGAACAAGUACCUUGGUAACGCCGACAUCAGAACUCAGAAUUACAUGUCAGCCAAGCUCAGCUGGUAUCAGUGAUGUCAGUACUAUUGGUGUUCAAAAAAACACUAGCAGUACUGAUUAUACAUCAAUAGUGUCUGUAGGCUAUAGUAAAGACAGUUCAUCAUCAAUAAUCAGCUGGUCUAACACAGCUUUCCAGAACAGACAGGGUGUGUCGGCGACAGGAAAUGUGGACACUCUCGGUGGUGCUAGGCUUGUGUUAACAAUCACCGCGAACAACACACGAUGUGAGGACGGGGGAGCUUACAGGUGUAAUAUGGGAGUAAUUCUGACAGGUGGUGGUGGUGCCACGGCUAAUGCUGAUAAUUAUGUUACUGCUACAGUUCUGCCGACCUACACCAACGCCCUGUAUGUUACGCCAACUCCCAAUGUAAAUGGUCAGUAUUACUCUGUGGGGACCACACUGACAUUCGGCUGUUCCGGUACCGUAGGCAGUGACAAGAAGAUCCACACGUGGUGUUACAAACAAGCAGGCAUCAAUACCGGAUUUACGGGCUUCCCUAAUGCAGCCAACAUUAAUCAGAAUGAAAACGGUUUGGCCCAGGACGGGUGUAAUUACAAACGCAGCAGUACACUGACCUACAAUGUAACGGCAGCAGACACAGAAACCACAUUUAUGUGUGAACCGUUCACUGGCAGCAUGUGUGGCUCAAGUGCAGCAGGCCUGAAAGCCAACUAUACCGUCAGAAACUUUUCCGGUCAGUCCAUUUCUAUACUAGGGACAGCACGGUUUUCAGUACCUAUGUCAGAAAUAAGGAUAACCUGUCAACCAAGCUCGUCUGGUGUCUCACUUAUACACUCCAUUGACCUGUUCAGGAAUUCCAGUACAGUUCCUUAUACCAAAAUUGUAUCCAUUGACUAUGCUGGAAAUUCAGCGUCGGUGAUCACCUGGGACGAUACAGACCUCCGGGACAGGGUGGGCGUUUCAGUGACUGGAACAGUGAACUCGCCGACAGAUGCUCAGCUUGUAUUUGUAAUCACACGUGGCAAUACGAGAUGUGAGGACGCAGGAGUUUACAGAUGUGGGAUCCGAGCGACUUUGACAGGCGGGGGUAGUGGUAAAUCUGAAGUGGACACAAACGUGUCUGUAUACGUUGCCCCGACAUAUACAAAUGCCCUUUCGUUGAUAACAUCGGGAGGGUGGUAUCCAAACAACGUUAAAUUUAUCUGCUCCGGUACCGUAGGCAGCGACAGGGUAUCCCAUCUGUGGUGCUACAGACGGGCAAUGGACACUGAUUUUAUAGCAUACCCAUACGAAUCAGACAUUCGACAACACGAGGUGGAUUUAGUUGGGGAGGGGUGUAACUACAUUCGAACAAGUUCUCUGACGUACACCGUGAGAUCAGAAGACAGGAGUACUUCCUUUAUGUGUGAGCCUGACACGGGCCGAGGAUGUGGACAGAGUCGGGAUGGCCUAAAAGCAAGCUUCACCCUUACAAACGAUGCACCUCCUAUGACGACCGUUUCAGACACUAACGCCGCCCCUAUACAAUGUAAAUGUAACGUGGUACCCUGGAUCGUCGUUGCCGUGGUAUCCAUAGUGAUCAAUGUCAUUGCGGUCAUCGUUAUCCCCUUUAUACGAAGGUUAAGAUCGAGAGGUUGACAUCUGCAAUGAAGUGAAGAAUAUAUGAAAUACGAAGACGAGACGCUACUCCAGUUAAACAACACAUUAACGGAUGGCUUGUGUGACUUUGCUGCGAAAAACGUUCAUCACAUCAACAGAAAAUAAAGGAAACAGACUUCACCGGGAAACGUAAGGCUUGAUAUUCAUGUUGGACGUAUUAUACUCGUCUUCGUCGUUGGCGUCGAAAACAUUGCCGAGUUUAAAUGUGAAUAUAUGAAGACAAUAGGCGCUGUAUUUAUUUCCAAAGUAUAUUCUUAAAACUUUUACAGACAUAUAUUGACGAUGAAAGGGAGCAAAAUUAUCUCCGUAACCACGAUUUUUAUCCUUUUGCAUGUUUCAUGCAUAACUGAUUAUAUGAAUACGUUUGAUGACUCAAUUGACCGUUUUCCUUUUGUGCCAUAGCAGCAUAGCCUUACGAAACAUCGUCAAUAUCAUUAAAGGCAGUAACAUUCUUAUACAGGGAACAUGUCGCCUUAAAACAUUGCUGCAUUUAAUUGAUAACAUAUACUAUGCUGUUUGUGUAUGAACUACAGACGGUAGAUUUAAUUUUUUACACGUGUGUUAAAUCAUCUUGAAGAAAGUCUAGUGUCAUGAUAGCAUUU